ACAUUCCUGCCCCGCCGGGCCUGCCCUGCACCCGGCCUUCGCCGCAGCCCGGGCGGACGCCGCUGCGCGCCCGGCCCCUCGGCCGGCCCCGCGAUGAAGGCGGCCCAGGCUGCGGGUGAGGAGGCGCCGCCAGGCGUGCGGUCCGUCAAGGUGGUCCUGGUGGGCGACGGCGGCUGCGGGAAGACGUCGUUGCUGAUGGUCUUCGCCGAAGGGGCCUUCCCCGAGAGCUACACCCCCACGGUGUUUGAGCGGCUCACCGUUAAUCUGCAAAUAAAGGGCAAACCGGUGCACCUCCAAAUCUGGGACACAGCAGGACAAGUCGACUAUGACCGCCUGCGGCCCCUGUUCUACCCUGACGCCAGCGUCCUGCUCCUCUGCUUCGACGUCACCAGCCCACACAGCUUUGACAACAUCUUUAACCGGUGGUACCCAGAGGUGAGUCACUUCUGUAAGGAGGUGCCCAUCAUCGUUGUCGGCUGCAAGACUGACCUGCGCAAGGACAGGUCGCUGGUGAAGAAGCUGCGGAAAAAUAGGUUGGAGCCCGUGACUUACCACAGGGGCCAGGAGAUGGCGAGGUCCGUGGGCGCCGUGGCCUACCUCGAGUGCUCAGCUCUUCUCCACGAAAACGUCCAUGCCGUCUUCCAGGAGGCUGCCGAGGUGGCCCUCAGCAGCCGCAGUCGCAACUUCUGGAGGCGGAUUACCCAGAGCUUUUGCGUGGUGACCUGACAGCUUGGGGCCCUCCCUGCCCCGACAGCCCCAGCAGAACCGGAAGGAGCUGGGUGCUGACCUUCUGCCUAGUUGGCUGGGCUGGACCCAGUCCCCAGACUGUGACUGCCGAACUGACCCUCAGACAGAUGGGCACCACCGAGGCUGGGCCCCUGACCCUGGGGCUGGGAUCCCUGGGCUGAAGUGAAACCCCUCUGAGGCCUGAGGAAGGGGGUUCCCGGGCCCACCAGCCCUGAGGAGGGCUAGUCCUGAAGUCCCUUAGAAUCACUACCACUCCCAGGUCCCAGCCCUGGACCGGCACCUCCUGGAGCAGACGGGCAGCCUGGUGCCACCUCGUGG